AAGGCAAGUAUUCUAUUUUGUCGUUUCAUUUGUAGCAUCAAACUAAACCUAAUCUCAGCGGCUCAGCUAGAGAAGCAUCGGUUGCUGUAUGAUGAAUCCAUACAAUUAGUGGCAAGGUCGGUUCUCAUUUCAGUAGCCGUACGAAUGGGAGAGAGGAAAAGGAAAGAGAAGAAAGAUUAUAUCUUUGAUCGGCUGAGCAUCGUUGUUUGUAAAUUCAAGUUCUUGACAUGUUUCUGAUCUUAAUAGGAGGCCACUCUCUCUAUUUUUAGUGUAUAUAAAUUGAGAUUUAUUCAGAGAUUGAAAUCAAAUGAUGAAUCUGGAUUACAAAUUUUUUAUGACAAUCAACUGUGGUUUAGGGGUACUGUUGGAAGACAGUAUCUGAGGAGACCAAAGAAGUCUAUUGCCAGAGUUCAAGCAUGACAGAAGAAGACUAUUGAGCAUUAUAGAUGGCUCAUGUGUUAAAGAAGGGGAAGAGGAAGAACAUAGCAGCGCCAGCCGAUGUUCAUAAAAAAUGGCAAGAGGUAUGGAACACCGAAGAAUACAAAGCUAAGCGUCAAAAGUUUUCAGCAAAUCAAAAGAGUGAGACUGGUGGAUCUGAUAGUGGGAUACCAAGACAUUGUUCUGGAUCUAUUUCUGAGUUUACGAACCAACAGAGAAUGUAUGAUAGGCUUGGAAGGGAUCCACAUUCACAGGAGCUGUUUGAGGCCAUACACAAGAAGAAUGGUACAGAUGAAUUUGUAGAUGCACGCCCUAGAGUUAUUCAUGAGAGCUUCUUGCAGUUUAAGGCAAAUGCAUCACAACCACUAGAGAGGUCAAAUGAGCCAAUUGACGUGGAUGAGGCUCAUCUGUAUUAUGAGAUUGUGGAUUGGGAGAAGGGGCGGCGAGUAUAUGGUUUAGGUUCUCAGGCAUCUGCUUAUUUCCCUUCACAGGCUUCUGCUUAUUGCCCUUCAUCGUCACAGUCGGCUAGAUCGGUCUCCCCAGUACCACAGCAAGAGUCCGUUAAUGUUGAAUUUAACAACUUAGAACAAAGGCUCGCACGUAUUCAAAGAGAAAAGGAUGCUUUAAGCAUUGAAAUACAAAAAAUGAAGGACAUGGUUAUGACCCUCAUUGCCCAGCGGGGUUUAUCGCAUCAAUUUCAAUUAGGUGUUCCUACAACGGAUCCUUCACAGGCUGAACAUAGUGUAGCAGUUCCUCCACCAAGUCCUUCCCAACAUGUCUCGGAUGAAAAUGGUUCAGACAAGGACAUUGCACCUAUUUCUUAAUUACAGUUGUAUCUUGUUAUAUACGUUUUGUGAUACUAUUUAUUUUUACUUCUCUAAACAAUUAUAGUAUGAUUAACAUUUUGUUUUA